AUGAUUUCAAUCCGUAUCCAUUGGGUGAGACUUGUUUGCUCUCAGCUUCAUUCAACGAUCAACCACACCUCAAAACCCCUUCUCCCAUGUCCCUCCAACCUCCCAUGCUCCGAAGUCCCUUCAAGUCCCCAACUUUCCGGCGCCUUCUGCCGCUUUUACUCGAACAGGGCGCCGUCGAGGUCGCCGUCAAGGAGAGCCAGCCGGAAAUUAAGAGCAAGCUUGAAGCCCGUUUUGGACGAAGCCAAAUUCCAAUCCGCAGUAGCAAAGCUUCCUCCUCGGUUUACCAAUGAAGAUCUGUUCAACGUAUUGACCCUCGAGGAAGACACAUUGGUUUGCUUGGAGCUUUUCAAUUGGGCGUCUCAGCAGCCCAGGUUCAAGCACGAUUGCUCCACUUACCAUGCGGCGAUUAAGAAGCUCGGCGUGGCCAAAAUGUACCAGGAAAUGGACGACAUCGUCGCUCAGGUGCUUGCUGUCCCCACCAUUGGUAACGAGGCUCUGUUCAAUACGAUUGUCUACUUUCUCGCUGAGGCUAGGAAGUUGACUAGAGCUGUGAAUGUGUUCAAGCAUAUGAGGAAUUCCAAGAAUUCUGAUUGCAAGCCAUCGAUUAGAACCUAUAACAUCCUUUUCACUGCAAUGCUGAGUAGGGGAAGCAACUCUUAUGUGAACCAUAUGUAUAUGGACACAAUUAGAAGCCUGUUUAAGCUGCUGGUUAACGACGGGAUCGAGCCAGAUAUCUAUUCUUUGAACUCUAUGAUUAAAGGGUAUGUUCUGUCACUUCAUGUCAAUGAAGCUCUGAGGAUAUUCCAUCAGAUGGGUGUGGUAUACAACUGCUUGCCAAACUCAUUUUCCUAUGAUUAUCUUAUUCAUGGGUUGUGUGCUCAAGCUAGAACAAUCAAUGCUAGGGAGCUCUGCGAUGAGAUGAAGAAGAAAGGGUUUGUGCCAAGUGGCAAGUCAUAUAAUUCCCUUGUGAAUGCCUUGGCUCUUGAGGGGGAGGUUGAUGAAGCAGUAAAUUAUCUGUGGGAGAUGGCAAGGAACUAUAGGUCUGCAGAUUUUAUUACAUACAGGACAUUGCUAGAUGAGAUCUGCAGAAGGGGGAAGAUGGAAGAUGCAAUGGGAUUGUUGAAAGAAUUGGAGGAGAGAAAGCUUGUUGAUGGGCUGACCUAUAGGAAGCUUCUAUCCGUGCUUGAUGAUGGCUUUGGAAACUCGGAUGCUGGAGAACAAUUCAGGUACGCAGCAGGAAUUGACUUUCUUCCAAAGUGUUCUGCUAUAUCUUAA